CUUUCCGGAAGUAGAGCGCGGCGCGGCGGGCUGGUCCGCGGAGCCCGGGCGACGUCCUCCUGCCUGCGGCGGAGUGGGGCUGGAGGCGGGGCCGGGGCGCGGCGCGGGGCCGCCCUGCUUCGCGCUGCUUGGUGCUUCUCCGCGCUCUGUGCCCAGAGGAGGAAGUGACAGGACCACAAUCUACCAUCAGGUAAGAACCUGAGGCAGGAGUGAAACCGAAGAGAAAUCGGAUGUUCCUGUUGGCUGCAUAAGUACCUAUGGAGUAUGGCAGGAAAAGUGAAGUGGGUCACUGACAUCGAGAAGUCGGUGCUGAUUAAUAACUUCGAAAAGAGAGGAUGGGUCCAAGUGACAGAGAACGAGGACUGGAAUUUUUACUGGAUGAGUGUGCAAACCAUCCGCAGUGUUUUCAGCGUUGAAACCGGCUAUCGGCUCUCAGACGAUCAAAUAGUCAACCAUUUUCCAAACCACUAUGAACUAACCCGGAAGGACCUGAUGGUGAAGAAUAUUAAAAGAUACAGGAAAGAGCUGGAGAAAGAAGGGAGUCCUCUGGCAGAAAAAGAUGAGAACGGGAAAUACCUCUACCUGGACUUUGUCCCGGUCACCUACAUGCUGCCCGCCGACUACAACCUGUUCGUGGAGGAGUUCAGGAAAAGUCCCUCCAGCACCUGGAUCAUGAAACCCUGUGGCAAAGCCCAGGGAAAGGGCAUCUUCCUGAUCAACAAGCUCUCGCAGGUCAAAAAGUGGUCCCGGGACAGCAAAACUUCUUCGUUUGUGUCUCAGUCUACUAAGGAGGCCUACGUGAUCUCUCUCUAUAUUAACAACCCCUUACUGAUUGGCGGAAGGAAGUUUGACCUGCGCUUGUACGUCCUGGUGUCCACGUACCGCCCGCUGCGCUGUUACAUGUACAAGCUGGGGUUCUGCCGCUUUUGCACAGUCAAGUACACGCCCAGCACCAGCGAGCUGGACAACAUGUUCGUCCAUCUCACCAACGUCGCCAUCCAGAAACAUGGGGAGGACUACAACCACAUCCAUGGAGGCAAGUGGACUGUGAACAACCUGCGGCUCUACCUGGAGAGCACCCGGGGCAAGGAGGUGACGGGCAAGCUGUUUGAUGAGAUCCACUGGAUCAUCGUGCAGUCUCUGAAGGCCGUGGCGCCGGUGAUGAACAACGACAAACACUGCUUUGAGUGCUACGGCUACGACAUCAUCAUAGACGACAGGCUGAAGCCCUGGCUGAUCGAGGUUAACGCGUCCCCGUCUCUCACCUCCAGCACCGCCAAUGAUCGAAUCCUUAAGUAUAACCUGAUUAAUGACACCCUCAAUAUCGCAGUUCCUAACGGCGAAAUCCCAGACUGUAAAUGGAACAAGUCGCCCCCAAAGGAAGUUCUUGGCAAUUACGAAAUUCUAUUCCAGUGUGACAGCCGGCAGGCACUGCUGACGUGGGGAUUUGGACUCCAGGACCCACGCUUGGCCACCUCCACUGAGCCUGGGUACGAUGAGGAGCUGGCACAGGGUGACGGUGCUGACCGAGAGCUGAGAAGUCGUCUGGGCCAGCCGCUGGGACCCAAAGGGGGCCGACUGAGGGACUCGGGGAGAACUGUCCUCACAACCUGGAAGUGACCACGAGUGAGUUUCCGUCAGAUGAGCCCAGACAGUUCUUGCCGUGUGGCUUGUGUGACCUCAGCACCUGGGUUACGGCAGACACGGAGGUAAGCGUGGGCAGCCAGCAGCGGGGACCAGCUCCUGAUGUGGUGUGUUUACGUGAGGCUGCCCUGGACACCGGUGCCUAACAGAAAUACCGAGAGGAAACCCCAGUCUGUCGGGGAGAACGACUGACGCAUCUGAAUAACCCCUGAGACCGGUUACUCUUACUCAGAGCCUCUUACUGUCAUUCAUAUCUGAUACCUAUUUACUAAUGCUUCAUUCACCUUGAUUUUAUCUUUAAAACUCCCCACCGAUUUUUGUUAAGAUGUUAGUAAUAGGAUUUUGUUCUCACAGUCUUAUACUGAGGACAUGGAGGAUAGGGGUCUUUCCUGUACCAGUGUGUGAACACAUGUCAUUUACAUCAUAUUGUGGGUGCUCGCCUAUGUUUAAUGAUGUUUCACUGCCAGUUAGUGAAAAGGUCCUUUUAAAUGAUAUGGUGCCAUGCAAAGUGAGGGAGGUAUAAUAUAAAUGGUAUUUACCUAGAAUCCAAAUAAAUUGCAAUUUAGGGGGAUUUGCCUGC